AUGUCUCGAUCAGCUUUGAAUACAAAUGAUCGUGAAGCUUUCCUUAAGUCUCAGUUAGUUGCAAUACAUAAAGCUUUAAAUAAGGUAGAAGCCCCUCUUAAACAGAAACAUGCUCGAGCUUUAACUAUAGGAACUCAUAAAGAAAGAUCUGCUGCUUUCUUUUGGAGCGCUGUUUCUAGAAUACAGUUAGAAAAACAUCCUGUUUUAACAUGGAAAUUUUGUCAUCUUCUUCAUAAAUUAAUUAGAGAUGGCCAUCGUCAAGUUCUUAAUGAUUCUUAUAGAUAUACUCAUCGUAUACAACAAUUGUCAGCUUUUUGGCAACAUCUUAAAACUUCUGGAUUUGGAAAAUGUAAUAAUGCCUAUUGUAGUAUGCUUAAUAGUAGACUAAAUUUUCAUAAAAGGCAUCAUAUCUUUCCUGGUAAUUUAAAUUUAACUGAAAAUCAAUUAAAUUCAUUAUUGGGAGGUGAUAUUAAUGAACCAUUUGAACUUGCUGUUGAAAUGCUUGAUGAAAUGGAUUGUUUAAUGAAUUUUCAAAGUACUGUUUAUGAAGCUAUAGAAGUACUAAGAGUAUCAUCAUUAGUUCCAUCAGGACAAUGUUUACUAGCACCACUUAUUUUGGUUGUCCUUGAUUCUUCAAAAUUUUAUGAUUAUCUUGUAAAAAUUAUCUUCAAAUUACAUUCAUCUCUUCCUGCUGAUGUUUUGGCUGGGCAUAGAGAAAGAUUUAAUGGUUUAUUUAAAAAAGUUAAAAAGUUUUAUGAGGAUGCUGGUAAGAUGCAAUAUUUUAAAUAUCUUGUUUCUGUACCUCAAAUACCAUCAUCACCACCAGAUUUUUUGGUUGCUUCAGAUUUAAAUUCUUAUCAAACACCUCAUGCAUAUUUACAUGGUGAGGAGGGCCAUGAUGAGUCAUCUAAUCAUGAUACAAUGUCUAUAGCUGAUGAAGGAACAAUAUUAGAUCUUAAUUUUGAUGAUACAAGUAGUGUCACAGAAUCUAAUACAAGUACCAUGAAUCCCUCAGACAUCAAUUCUAUUUUUAAUUCACUUCCACCAGUCUCUGCACCUGAUGAGAAAGAUACUACAAUAGCUAAUCUUAGAAAUGAACUUGAGACAGCUAAAGUUAACCAAAAUAGAAUUAUUAAUGAGGCGAAAUUACGUUUUGAUCAAUAUGAAAAUAGAGUAAUGCAACUUCAAUCUGAAAUUGAUUUUCAUAAACAAUCUGCUGAUGAAGUUAAAGAUGAAUUGGAACGUGUAAAAUCAAUUGCUCAGGAAACACAAAAUAAAGUAAAAUCUACAAAUCAAGAGGAGUAUGAAAAAAAAAUUCAGAGUCAGGAACAAAAAUUUAAUAAGAUGAAAGAUAUUUAUGGUAAACUUCGUGAAGAGCAUAUUAAAACACUAACUGAUAUUAAAAAUCUUAAUACCAGAGUUUUUGAGUUAGAGGAAGCUAGUGCAAAGAAAGAAGAAAAGAUAGCAUCAAAUAAUACAACUGUUGAUGAAUUAAAUGAUCACCUAGCUAGAAGUGAAUUAGAAAUUGAAAACUUAAAAAGACUUUUAAGUGAAAAAGAAGCUGAAAAGAAAGUUUGUGAGAAUGAAUUACAGAGAAAGAAAAAAGAAGAGAUUGAUGAAUUAUUUAAAAAGGUAUGUUCAGGGGGAAUUGAAAUAUUAACCAAUAACAAUGAUAAUCUUGGAAAUGCGACUUCUAUAACAUAUCCAACACAUUUAGUUUUGGAGCAGUAUGAUUAUCUUAUAAAUUUAAUGGAUGAAUUGAAAAAAAAUCUUAGUGAUGAAAACCCAAAUAUUGGAAAUAUAGUUCAUUCUUUGAAUAAUAUUUCUCAUAUAAUGGCUAAUACUUUGGCAAAUACGGUUUCUGCAGCCUACACUACUUCAAUAGAAUCUUUCGAGCCUGUCAAUGAAAAUUAUGCCACUGCACAACUUGAUAAUGUGUUAUCUUCUUACAAAGAUUUAAAAAUACAAUGUGAAAAAUUACCAUCAUUAACAAUGGAUAUUUCUGAGGAGGAGAUAGGAUCACAGUUUGAAGAAGAAAUGGCAAGAAUGGAUGAAGCUAUUAAGGCAGCUGUUGAAGCAAUGCAAGCUCUUCAACAAAAAUCUCGCCAAAAUCAUACAGGUCUUAGAUUAGAAGUUAAUGAUAAUAUUCUUGAUGCUUGUAAUGAGUUAAUGGCAGCUAUUCAAAUUUUGAUAAUUAAAAGUCGUGAUGUUCAACAAGAAAUAGUUCAGGCAAGUGGUGGUAAUUCUAAUCCUAGAGAAUUUUAUAAAAAAAAUCAUCAAUGGACAGAUGGGUUGUUGUCAGCAGCACAGGCUGUUGGUGUAACAGCUCGUGUACUAGUAGCAUCAGCUGAUAAUGCAAUAGUAGGGUCAGGAAAGUUUGAACAAUUGAUAGUUGCAGCAACAGAACUAGCUGCUUCAAUAGCUCAGUUAUCUGUUGCCUCAAGAGUUAAAUCUAAUAAAAAUUCCACCAAAUUAGCAGAGUUAGGAGCUGCUGUCAAGACUGUAAAUAAAUGUACGGCUAAUGUUGUUGCUACAACUAAAAAUGGACAAAAAUCAUUAAAUGAUGAUAAAUUAUUAGAUUUUACUCAUCUAUCAUUACAUGAAGCAAAGAAAGAAGAAAUGGAAUCUCAAGUUAGGACACUAGAAUUAGAAGCUGAAUUAUCAAGAGAGAGGAAUAAAUUAUCUCAGUUAAGGAAACAACAUUAUCAUUUAGCUUCUCUGGUAUCAGCUGAGAAUAAUAAUAGCUAG